ACACUAAGCAACAGACGGAGGCUACACAGCACGGUUACAGGGCAUGUAUUAAAGAGAGAUGAUACAGAAAGAGAUUAUUAACAGUGGAUAAUCAGAAGAGAAACCUGCCUCUGCAGAUGAAAUGGCAGUCAGUGGCCGGCUUCUCAGAAACUCGACCACUCCAUUCUCUUGUUCACUUGGAACUGACCGGAAUAAAGCUGACCAGGCCUACGAAACGCAUGUCCAGAGGGUAGAGGACAAGAGGAGGAAGGAGAGCAAAGGAGACAUUAUGGAAAAUGUCCACCCCAUAAUUGCAAAAGUCUUGACACAAGGCACAGCACAAGUAGGGGAAGGACCACCAAACUGUUGGGAGGACUCUCCCUUUAUCGCCCAGGCUGAAUGUGAAACCCUAGAAUCCCAGGAGUUCAGUCCUUCCUGUUCAUCACGCUCCUACAAUCCCCCCAACUGCCUCAUCAGCGGUCACUUCUCGGAACACAACCAUGUGGUGGACCCCACCUCACUGCACCCUCUGGACACUUGCCGGUCCCAGCACGUCCCCAGGAAGAAGCAACGGAAAAGACAAAAACGAAAGGAGAAGAAGAAAGAGGAGAAGGCGAAGAGCAGAAAGCCGAGACCGAGGCGCAGAGUUCCUUCUGGAGUUCCGGAGCAGGAGAGUGGCGCUAUUCGUCUGGUCUUUCAGGGUAAGGUGUCAGACUCCCCGAGAGAAAGAACCAUCAACAGCCAUCUCCAAGGUUCAGAGGAGCAAGGGAGGGGACUGUCAUCUUAUUCCUACAACCCAGGCCACAUCUGGGGCCCCCAAAAUUGCAGCCCGCUCUCCGACCUGCCUGCCUUUGGGCUGGACGGUGACUCAGACUCGCCUCUCAGCGAGUGUGGACUGUUGAGUGUGGGAGACUGCACUCUGCCUCUGGCGGGCCUCCGGGGGAGUGUGAGUCAGGGGGACCGGUGUUUCGCAGGUCCCUUUUCCAAAGACGUGGAGACGGACGUGAGGAAGGCCGAGGAGAACGAGCUCUCUGCGUCGGAGCCUGACGUAAACGAGGGCAUCGUUUUCAAUGAGAACAUUCAGCCUGUGGACUAUGAGUACAGAGAGGGGAAGGAGUUCACUUCUGAGUUCAUCAGGAGGGGAGCCUACGGAGAGGUGUACAGUGUCCGAGACAGAAAAACGAACUACCGAUUUGCUUCCAAAAAGAUUCCUCUGAAGAAUUUCAACAGUGGGGAGGUAAGCACGUGGAGUGCCCUCAAGUCUCCUCGCGUGGUGGAGCUCUUCGGAGUGGUGAGGGAGGGGCCUUACAUUCACCUGUUAAUGGAGUACAAAUCUGGCUCUGUGGGGCAGCUUCUCACAACCAGGGGUCGACUUCCAGAGGACAUAGCCCUGCACUACUACUCUCAAGUCACAGCUACACUAGAGUACCUGCAGAAGAGACAAGUCGCACACCUAGACAUAAAAGCGGAAAAUGUGUUGCUCUCCGAGGAUGGGAAAGACAUCUUUCUGUGUGACUUUGGACAGUCCGAGAGACUGGACCUCAACGGGCAGAGCCUCAGUUCCUCUCGAGAUAUGAAGGGCACGGAGACUCACAUGGCCCCUGAGGUGGUGAAAGGGGAACCCCGCGGAGCCAAGGCAGACGUGUGGAGCAGCUGCUGUAUGCUACUGCACAUGCUCAACGGGUGCCAGCCCUGGAUUCGAAACUACUCCUGUCUUCUGUACCUCCAGAUAGCCAAUAAGCCACCGCCUCUCAGAGAGAUCCCCCCUGACUGCAGUUCGCUCACUGCUGAGAUCCUAAAGGCGGGGCUGCAGAAAGACCCAAUCGUGAGAGCUUCAGCGUCUGAUCUCAAGAAAGAGGCAGUCAGAGCCCUUAGAGAAGUGGGGGGACUCACUAGCCCCAUCAGAGGACCUUACAAGGAACCUCUACAGAACGUCGACCACCCCUUGUACUCCCCUGCACCCAGCUCCAGCCCUGCCAUCUCUGUGGAGUGUUACGACCCCUGCAAGCUUUCCAAGGAUCCAGGUUGGAGGGAAAAUGAGGAGGAGGAGGAGGCCUCUGACCAAGGGGAAAAAAGGGCAGAAUCGACCCUCCCCCUCCUUACCCCACCACAUGUCCACCCCAAAAACAAGACAGCAAAUGUGUCUUCCACGCUGUCAGAGGUUGAGUUGCGCAAAUUGGAAAAGGAUUUCUACCUGAUCAGUCUGUCUCAGCUGUACUCACCUGAGAGUGUGGAGCAGCUGCUCUCAUGCCUGAACAGUGAGAGCCACUCCAACUGGGAACAAGGUGACAAAAAGGACUCUGGCCGUUGGUCCAUCAGCCCGGGAGAAGACCUCAGCUCCGGAGCGUUUUCAUACAACAGCCAAUCAGAGACCGGUUUUAGUAUGGAUUGGCGGGGCCAUUCUAACCUGCCGUCACCCCGUCGUUUAGAAGGAGUGGGCGUGUGCAUCCGAGAUUUUAACGGGCAGCAUAUCCAGAUCAGAGAGAAACUAGGUGUGACAGUUGGACACGUUGCCACGGGGAUAAGCGAACAGAUCUCUGAACGGGUGUUCACUAUGGAGACACAGGAGGGCCAGCCAGUGGUCUGUAACGAGCUGGUGCAGAGUGCUGGUAUCAGUCUGCGCUGUAUUCCUGCCCCUGAUCAUAGCACUUCCUGGACGUGGAGAAUCAGAGAUGGGGUCCUGGAGACACAAGACUGAGCCUGUAUGCGCAACCUGUUAUUACUGCCAUCGAGUCGUCAGGUGUCCCGUCCACCCCUUCAAGAACAGUUUAUGCCAUUGUGUGUUUCAACGUGCGUGAUAGUUUUGAAAAAUUUGGAGGUAUAUGCAAAAGUUACCAUUUAAUGUCUGGUUUUGAAUGUGAUUGAUAAUGGCUUCUCUAUUAUCACCUGACUAAAAUUCAUGUACAAAUGCAACCACCAUGAUGUUUUUUAAAUGUAAUUGUCCAUCUGUAUUAGAUGAAAUAUCAUGCUAAAAUAAAGUUUGUUUUACA